UUUUCCUGAGUAAUUCGUCUAAGUACCGAGCAAAGAGAGACACGCAACCCGGCAGGUUGCUGUCAUCGGAUCGUUGCAGAUCGGUGCAAUAAAGAUUAGACGCGUGUGCGAAGACCGGCGCGCGAAGCCUUAUUCUUGGCCGAUAGAGGACAAGUCGUCUCUGUCGGGACAAGAGUGGUGGCUGACCAGUCGAAGACAGUCGAUUCAAAGUGGAGAUCGAGCCUCGAAGCGAAUCAUCCCGUCAUGAUCCCGCAGACAACAAUUAAUCGCGCGAGGAUAAGUAAAUGAGAAGCUCGAGGCGCGACGCGAAACGCCGCGAGUUCCUCCGCCGCGAGUGUCGUUUAACAAAUUAGAGGUGAGGAGAUCAAGAUACGCCGAGUGCUUCGGGCCAUUAGGAGCUGCUGAUUCGUGGGGAUAAGAGCUUGAUGGUUUAACAUUCAAUCAUUCGUUUACCGGAAAAUCGUUGAACAAUAAGGAUAUUCUUCGGCGAAAUUCUCGGAUAUUCAGAAGUUCGAUCUUAUGACGUACAAUGGCGAUAAUGAUAUGGAAAGAAUUAAGAAACUCCUAUCUGUUCGGCGUCGAUCAUUUAUGCAUAGUUAGAGAAAUAUAGCAUCGUCUAAAAUCAUCGUCUAGAAAUUUCAAAGAAGUUGCUUUUAAUUGAAACUUCGCCGGAGUGAAAUCACCGAUCCAGGGUGGGGAAGAGAUCCUGAGGUAUCCUGGCCAGGACUCGCAUACCCCCGCGAGUGUACCGCAUGACGCAACCAGCCCAUUUUCCCGCAAAUGGAAAGAGCAAACGUUAUUGUUAGUAACUGAUAAGUGGAGACCGCUGGCCAGGUAUUGGCUCGUGCGUAUAAGACGAGCAGCCUCGUUCGUCGGACAUCAGUAGAUCCACCACUAGCAAACUAGUCAGCGAUCCACCGUCGCGACCAGCUCUGUCUUCGAAACCGAUCAUCGAAGCCAACGAUCAUCUUCGAGAAAAAUGAAGGAAGUUGCUCGAUAACCGAGGAUCAUCGAUAAAGCCAGGCUGCGGCAGUGAAACAUCGACGAAGUGAAUCGACUUGAAAACGCUUUGCAACAAUAUCGGGAAUUUCUCGAAGAAACAUUCGGAUCGAAGCGAUUCUCGUCGAAGUGAACUCUGUAAAAUCCGAUCGAGAAGAUACGGCUAAAUUAAUUGGGAAACGGCGGGACGGUAAAUCGUUUUGGAGAACGAUUGUUCGAAUUGUGCCAGCUGUAUACUCAAGACGCCGGUGACGAAGAUCGCCGAUCGACGGAUACUUGAGUAGCAUCAUCGAGGAGAGAGACAAUCGAUAAAAAUGAUGUAUACCGUUCUUUUCGACUCGGCCACGAUUAGCGCGAUAAGCGUGCGGAAGAUCGGCCGCGAUAAGUGAAAGGUCGGUGAAGUGUGAUAAUUAAUGACGGGAGGGAAGCAAUGACGUUCCCGUUCCACGGCUACUGAACCUGGCGGACGACCCGCUUCCGCCGCGGGUAUAAUAUACCGAUCAGGAACCUCGCCGGGAAUUUUUAUCUCCGAGAAAUCGAGCGGCGCGCGGAUCGAAAUACUGUUUGAACAGAGUUUAAACGGGGAUCUCACGUGCGAAUUUCUCCGAUAAGCCUGCUAUCUGAACGAUUCGCCCGAUUACAGAAAAAUUGAUGGAACGGUGAUCGAUAAAGGGGAUCUAGGCGGUGGAGCCAGAGAACGUUGGCACGAUCCAGAUGUAAAAUCAACAGUGUCUGCGAAGGGAAAAUAAAUUGAAGAGUGCAAAGAGUACGAUCGAAUAAAGGGAGUGGACGAGGCACAAUCGGAGAGGACAGAGUGCGAGACGAGGAGAAAUAAAUUCAGGAAAUUAAAGGCUAGAUGAAAUCGAAGCGCGCGUACCAUUAAACUCUUCGUUGAACCGGCACAAGGGUGCGAUCGAAGGAGGGCUGGGAAAGUAAAGGGAAAUUAAUUAAGGAAAUUAAGAAGCGAGUCGAGAAGCUCGCGGAGAAUAAAAUCGAGCUCUCAAUCGAUUUCCGAUCGGAGAAACGUUUGGAGGAAGCUAAAAUGAACGCGGAGGUUCCGAAGAGUCCGCUGCUGAGCGUGACAACGUCCUCCUCGAGUCCCGAGGACAAGCAAAAUCUGUUGACUCCGGUGACACCGUCGACUCCCAUAAUCCUGCAACUGCCGAAGAGUCCCACCUCGUCCUUUCGCAGCAGGGGCCUGGGAUCUUGCAGGAGCCGUUACAGGGCAGGACCAACCCGCAAGCUGCGUCGCCGGGCCGUGCUGAAGAACGGGGACUGCAACGUGCUGCAGUCUCGCAUCUCUCGGCGGUCCCUGCGCUUCCUCCAGGACAUCUUCACGACCCUGGUGGACACGCAAUGGCGAUGGACGUUGCUGUGCUUCAGCCUGAGCUUCAUCCUUUCGUGGCUGGGGUUCGCGGUGAUCUGGUGGCUGAUCGCGUUCACCCACGGUGACUUCGACGAGCGGCAUUUACCGCCGUUCCAGCUCGAGAACAACUGGACGCCGUGCAUCUACAACAUCUUCUCGUUCACCAGCUGCAUCCUGUUCAGCAUCGAGACCCAGCACACGAUCGGUUACGGGAGCCGUUCGACGUCCGAGGAGUGUCCCGAGGCGAUCUUCGUGAUGUGCGUGCAGAGCAUCGCCGGCGUGAUGAUCCAGGCGUUCAUGGUCGGCAUAGUGUUCGCGAAGAUGAGCAGGCCGAAGCAGAGGACGCAGACGCUGCUGUUCUCGAGGAACGCGGUGAUCUGCCAGAGGGACGGCGAGCUGUGCUUCAUGUUCCGCGUCGGGGACAUGCGGAAGAGCCACAUCAUCGGGGCGGCGGUGAGGGCGCAGGUGAUCAGGACCAGGACCACGAAGGAGGGCGAGGUGCUCUCGCAGAACCAGCAGGAGCUCGCCGUUGGCACCGACGGCCAGAACGGCAACCUAUUCUUCAUCUGGCCCACCACAAUCGUCCACAAGAUCAACUCGGAGUCCCCCUUCUACACCAUGUCUGCCGAAGACAUGCUGACGGACAGGUUCGAGGUCGUCGCUAUCCUCGAAGGUACCAUCGAGUCCACCGGGCAGACUACCCAGGCUAGGUCCAGCUACCUGCCGCAGGAGAUACUCUGGGGACACCGGUUCGAGCCCAUGGUCACCUACUCCAAGGACAGGCAGGGUUACGAGGUCGACUACUCGUUGUUCAACAGCACCACGCAGGUCGACACGCCGCUAUGCUGCGGCAGAGAGCUCGCAGAGUUCUACAAGGUGCAGGAGGAGCUCCGUCAUGGGAACGGUGUGAUAGUUGACGAGGACUUCCUAGGGGAGUCUUGCGCGGACGGCCCGUGUCACUGCGGUCAUCAUCGUCCUCUGACGAUCCUGCCGAACCAUCAUCACCCGCUGUCGCACGUGGACAGCAUGAGGAGCGAGGCCAGCGUCGAAGAUACCCCCUAUCGAAACGCCCACAGGGACUCUAGCCAGCAAGGACCACCGCGAGACCACUACAAGAUCCUAGACGUGGACCCUGACGGGAUCCAAGUGAUGGGCGAGAUAGACCUCCAACAUCUACCCGAGGCGGUCAACAGAGAGAUCCUGAAGAACAGUCGGGAGAUCAUUUACGAGGAGCCAGAGACCUCCGAAGAGAGCAGUCCUCUGUUGAGGCAAGGUAGCAGACGGACUACGAUGAAGCUGCAGUUGGGAGACGAAGAGAAGAGGUGCUCCAAAAGGAGUCUCUACCAUAGAAACAUCCUGAGAGGCUUGGAGGAAGAUAGAAGGUCGCUGGACGGAUCCAGGAGGAGCUUGAACGGGUCCAGAAGGUAUCUGUUGGUACCUUUGGACAGGCCCUUGGAGCCCAGGGAAAGUUUGACGGUCGCCAGACGACACACCGGUAGCAAAGAACGCCUGAACGCGAUCAGGAGGAACAUUUCGACGAAGGAGAACGAACUGAGAGGAAGACCUAGCUUGAACGACGACAGACUGACCAUCGAGAUGGAGAAGUUCCCGAAGCAAGCUCCGCGUCUUCAGGAGAUCAGCGAGGGUAAUAGAACCUCCCUAUCGGACCCUAAUCUAUCGCCAACGGAGUACUCGUCACCCAAGCUUCCAAGCCAAUCCCCUUCGCCGAUUCCAGUGACCGCGAUCUCGCCGACGUCCGAUCUCUCGCCAGAGUCGGGGUUCUACGAAGGCACUCAUUGCCAGUGGAACUCGAGUCCCGAGUACAUCAGAAAAGAUCUUCGGCUGCCCCACGAAGCUACGAUCACCAGGAACAGGAGAAGCUACGAGAACGCGCAGCUGCAGGACGUGAACGAGGCGCUGUCCAGACCCAACAGCGACCAUAGUUCUCUCGACAGCGACGAAUCCCCGAAGAACAGUGCUCCCCAGAACAGGGAGAAGAGCGUCGUCGCGAAACAACCGGUCUCCUACACGAGCGUUUGAACUCCUGAACUAUAGAGGACUCCGGGGAGAACGGUUCGUUGUUCACGAACGAUUGCCAACCGCGUGUGCCUUUCUCCGAACAAGUGCCAGUGCAAUCGUGUUGUACAUACAGUCGGACCAGCGCUCACUUCCGAAACAAGCUAUCCGUAAUUGGUCGUUGCUCAACCCUCGGCUGUUCGCGUUCCAGCUGAUUAGGACCGGUCGCUGGUUUCGGGAAGGUAGAAUUGUACGGUCGAGAGAUCCUGUUUGAAUUGCUGAUUCAGUUGUUGCUGAUCGAGUAACGCUCGCGACUAGCAGACCGUAUCUUUGUAAACGAAUUUGAAGUAACAGCAACGAGACGACGAGUAAAUACAAAUGAAUGCGCAGUGAUUGCGGCGUGUACAAAUAAGAAAAAAUUAAUUUAUCGAAUUGCUAGAAACCAAUGCUGAGCUCGACGUUUAACAAACGAUAUAACAGACUUGCCCCGUUGGACAGACCAAAUUUCGCUUUGACACCGAUGAUACCAGUGACGCAGGAAUUCAAUCAAACUGUACCGUAUUUUGCGAUAAUUUCGCGUCACCGAAUCGUUCGAAGCCGGAAAGGAAUGGAACGAAAUUAGCCGAGGGUCGAAGGACCGCAGCACAAGCUAGCAGAAUGUAUUUAGUUCUCUCGCGUAAUUAAUUCGCACGAUAGUUUCCUCGAGCCGCUUCGAGUUCGCGUUACUAUCAUUUCUACUCUAAAUCGAUUUGAAAACCGCGGGUCGGUUCGCGCGAAGCUUCCAAGCGUAAUUCAGCGUCGAUUCGCACGCGAUCCUCUUCCCUUUUAGCGCGUUAGAUUCCCGAAAGCUUCGUUUAGGGGCGUUCCUGGACUAGCAUCGAACGCGACACGACGCUUUUCCGACACGUUAGCCCUACGAUAUUCCGCGGAGGAACGAUUUAUGAUCGAUCGUGUUGAUCUUUUCUAUCGAACGGACGAUCGGCUCGACGCGGGAACUCGAAAUCGGCGUUGCUCCGCCUUGGUAUAGCGAUUCGGAGCCGAUUCGGCGAGGCAAGAACAGAAACUAUAUUUUUGUAAUCUAGUGCCUGAGGAAUUGAGCACGAUGAUCCGAGUCAUUCGCGUGCCUUUUCGUGCUUCCCGCGCAGAUCGAUCACGAAAUAGUGAUGGCGCAUCCUUUUUCGAUAUCAAUCGAAUUCACCGUUGUCGUGAAAGCAAGCGCGUUCAUAGGACAAGUGUUCGGAUUUUGGGAUGUCAAUCUCCGAAAUUUCGUCGUUCGAACGAACCGCUAUCGUUCAUAUUUAUUGCUUCCAGGUUAUCGUAAGCGAAGAGCUCGACAGGAAUCAGCGAUCAUUUCGAAUCCGCGGAUCGAUCGCCGAGCAAUCAGUCUGAGAUCGUUUAGAUGGAGCACGCUGGAGAACCUCGGUCACAGCGAUGACUCCAUUGUUUCGGAGUCAUGGACACCUGCCAUCGCGACUUCUAGCGUAAAUUGUGAAAAUGUUAUUUGUAAUAAAGACAUUUCGAAUUUAUCCUCA